AUGCAGUUGUGUAAGUUACCUGUAAAGGUAUCCUGCUUCACAAGGUUUGAGAAUUCCACGCUGGGACGAGAUCUUCACUCAGCUUUCAUCGAAGUAGGAAUGGGAAAGAAGCUGGUUGUCGCCACCUCCCACCUUAAGAGGCCAAAUCCUCCUCAUGAUACGCAUAGCACAGAACGUGCGGCUCAGGCUAAGAAGGCUCUCAGCUUUCUCGACUUCUUUCCAAAUGCUGUUUUUGGUGGCGACAUGAACUGGGAUGAGGACUCGGAUGGUCCUUUUCCCCUACUCCAUGGGUGGGUUGAUGCCUGGGCACAUCUUAGACCUGGAGAAGAUGGAUGGACUUUUGAUACCGAGUCCAACCAAAUGUUGAAAGGCCGUCAGCUAUUGCAGAAGAGACUGGAUCGCUUCGUCUGCAAACUAGAGGAUUUCAAAUUGAUCGGUGUGGAUAUCAUUGGGACGGAGGCGAUACCUGGGGUUUUCUCAUGCAACGACAAUAAGAAGAUUGUCCCUACUUUGCCCAGUGAUCACUAUGGGUUGCUCCUUACUGUGUCUUACGUAACAAAUAAUGGUGUAAAUUAA